AUGAGUCCAGGCUAUGUUAAAAAGAAAGCAUGUCCUAGGGACCCAGAUGAAGACUGCAUGAGAUGUGGACCUGAACAAUAUGUGAAUGAAGCAUUCCCAAAGCCCCGAUGUGAUGCUUGUGUAUCAUGCGCAAAAGAAUCUGACCUUGUGGAGAAAAAGCCCUGCUCCUUCAAUUCUAGCCGCGUGUGUGAGUGCCGACCAGGCCUGUUCUGCCAAACCCCUGUUCUGAACACCUGCAUACGAUGCCAGCAGCACACUCUUUGCAAGCCUGGUUUUGGAGUCAAAGUCAGAGGCACCUCAACAAAUGAUGUUACCUGUGAAGAGUGCCCAUCUGGGACCUUCUCUGAUCAAAGCUCCAGCACUGACAUCUGCAAGCCCCACACGAACUGUGCUGAGUUAAACAAAGUAGCACUAAACCAAGGAAAUGCCACACAUGAUCAGCUUUGCCUGGACCAAUUGCCCACCUACCUCGCCUCAAGCACUUUGUCCUUGAGACUCAGCAAUGAAACAAGUAACUCUGACCUAAGGAGGUUUGAGGAGAACGUGCUGACCGUUUUACAUGGCACAACAACUGAAAACCUCGGUUCAACUCCUGAGGAGAAAGCUCUGGCUGGCACUUUUCCCACCACAGAUAAGGGGGAGACGACAAUACGAGGUCUAGUUCUUUGGGGAGUGGUUCUCUCUGUGAUAGUGCUACUUGUGGGCAUGCUGUUAUUUUGGAAAUGGAAGGUUUGCAAGAAGCGGAUCCUCAUCCUCAAAGGAAAGCCACAUCUGCAUUCCAUCACUUCACACAAAUCCGGGCUCAAAUCUCCAGGUUCUGAUCUACUGAACAAAUGUGCAGUAAGUGUGAACAAUAUUCCAAAACAGAUCACUUUCCAUUCCAAUGUCAUACUGACUGCUGACAGUGGGCCAGAAGAGGAGUUAAUUGACAGAACUCUCCCUUUGGAAACCAACAAUAACUUGGUCUCCAGCACAGAAAAAGCAUAUAGUCCUGAUCUGAGUCUGACUGAUGUGACACAGAGCAAUGGAAAUGCCCCAGAUGGCCCUAUCGAUUCUCGAGUGAGAGACCACACAAAUAAUCGUAUUGAAAAAAUAUACAUCAUGAAGGCCGACACUGUUAUUGUGGGGUCCAUUUCAGAAGUGCCUAGUGGCAAGAACUGUGCUGCUAGAGGGUGUGAAAGUAAUAUCGAUGCCCAGGAAAACAUGGAAGAGGAACUGGCAAUGCACUAUCCAGAGCAGGAAACAGAGUCUUUUCCAGGGAAUGAUGUAAUGGUUCCUGUGGAAGAAGAGGGAAAAGAAUUUCAUCACCCCACCACUGCCACUGAAAAGUGA